UUUUUUACGUAUGCGAGGAUCUACUUUCUGUUUGGCCGGAUUGAAAAUUUACCGUCUGCUUUCAGGAGAAGCACAGGCGACAAUAAGCUCGGGCCUGCGGGUGUGAACCGUGCACACGGCGCUUCCUACCGGGACACUACCUACCCCCUCGGCCUUUUUUCCUCCUUCCGUCCCGGGCCACCGGGUCGCUUGCCGUCAGGGUUUACGCGCAAUGAGCAUCGAUACACUUUUGGAGGCGGCCAGAUAUUUGGAAUGGCAAGCCCAGCAACAACAGAUCACACGUGAGGAGGAGCAGCGCAGAGAGAAGGAGCUCAUCAACAGGGAGGCGGAGUCGAGGCGUGUGGAACUUGUGACCUCGUUGUCUCAACCAAUCAGAGCCAACCAUGUCACUUGGGGCGAUGACACUCACCGUCAACAGCUGCAUCAUCCUCUUGCCCCUCCGCCCCCUUCUCUCCCACCUCAAGUCCCCAUUGCUGUCAUCCCAAUCCCAGUUGUCACUGCGACACCCUCUGUACCGCCCCUUCCGCUUACAACGCAGAUUGCUGCAGCAGCAACGUCGCUCAAUGGCUCACCACCAGCCAAGAACGCCUCCUCCCCCCCGCAGCUGCAGCAGCAGCCGGCCUCUCCUCACCUGCUGUGCGCCUCCCAGAUCAAGUUAGAAAGUAGUCCGGAGCUGAUUAGUGCAAAGCCCACCCAAUCACAGCCUCAGGUUCAGAUUCAGUACUCAACCUCCAUCAGCACUAAUGGCUCUCAACAUGCACUGGUUCACCAUCAAGCUCCACCUUCAUCUCAGCUGCGGCCUAAUGGAGUAACGAUGGAGGACCUGAGGGCGAUGGAAGGGAAGAGGAGGCCAGGAGGAGCGGGGACCAGAGAGGUGCAUAAUAAACUGGAGAAGAACAGGCCCUUCAGGCGAGCGCACCUCAAGGAGUGUUUUGAGACACUGAAGAAGAACGUUCCAAAUGUUGAUGAGAAGAAAACCUCCAACCUCAGUGUUCUCCGCAGCGCUUUGCGUUACAUACAGACUCUGAAGCGUAAGGAGAAGGAGUAUGAGCACGAGAUGGAGCGUUUGGCCAGAGAGAAAAUUGCAACGCAGCAGCGGCUGACCGAGCUGAAGAACGAGCUCAGCCAGUGCAUGGAUGUUAUCGAGAUCGACAGAGUCCUCCGACAAACUAUGCAGCCGGAGGACGACCAGGUCUCCACCUCCACCGCCUCAGAAGGAGAGGACAACUUUGAGCAGGACAUUGAUGAGGAUUUCCCCGCUCCUCCUGCUCCCACGUCCCUCCCCAAACCAACACCUCCCAUCUUACACGCCCAGCCGCUCCUCACCUCUCACCUGUCAAUCCAGCAUGCCACCCUGCCUCUUUCUGGAGUCCUGACCACGCCCUCCCCCUCCGCUACCCAUCAAGCCAUCGCGCCUGCUCCGGCCCCAGGUCUGCUGCCCGCCCAUCCCAUUCAGCCACCGGCAAUGCAGGUCCAGCCCACCGUCAUCGCUCAUGCCGCCGUCUCCCACCCUUCAGUCAUCCAGGCUGUCAACCACGGCCUGCCAGCAAAUCACAAGCACCUAAUGCACAUUGCCCCGUCACCUGGCCCCAUCUCCUCCAUCCCUCAGCCAAUCACAGCAGCACCCGCUGUCGCCACGCACCAGUCGCUAGCUGCCCAGCCGAUCGGACACAUCACCGUUCACCCGGUGGCUCACCUGGGAGGUCCCCUGCCAUCCCACCUCCCGACUCUCUACCCCCAGGGCGUGUCUGUCUCCCAGUCCACCAUGGUGGGCCACAUCACUCACACCUUCACCCAUCACACCCUACCGCACGUCCAGGCUAAUCCUCAAGUUAACACUAAUGGAGCCCAGGUGACCAGCGCAGCCGUGAUCAGCCAGGGGAGCCCGUCGCUAGGGAAACCGACAGCAGUGCUGGCCCCCCACCCACAGCUGGUUGGACAGGCUGCUGUCCUCAACCCUGUCACCAUGGUUACAGUCCCAACCUUUCCUGUCAGCACGCUCAAACUUGCCUGAAGGAAUAAAAAAAAAAAAAAAGGGUGGGACUGAUGGAAGUUAGUUGAAGGACAGGAAGAUUCAGAACCUCCUGGAGGAGUUUUCACACUCCUAUCAAUAAUCAAUAGCAGAGAAUCUCUGACAGACAAAAUCAACUUUUUUGGACAACUUGUGAUGAAUAUCUCCAGAGAUAUUUCGGUUACAGCUCUGUUAGUUUGUGAACACUGACAUUGAAGCAGAGUCCGUGGAUCAGGCCAUCGUUUGUGAAAAUAAGACUGUGACAUUUGUCUGCGCUGCAAAGACAGGAACUCUGUUUUACCUUCCUUCCUUGCCUUCUUCUCUCCUUUCUUUCCUUCCUCCUCCCCUUCCUUUACAACCAAAAGCACUAACAUAAUAAGCUCAGUUCACACUCAGGCAUCAAGGAUUUACCUUAACUAUUCAUUCACUCAUUGAGGGAAAAUGCAGGAGAGAGAGUUGUUUGUCGUUAGACUGUUGCCAAGGCAAUAUAGUAUGUGCCCGUAUUUGUAUUUAUAUCAUGAUGUCACGUGGGACAUAUUGGUGGAAUGAUGUCACUGAUGUGUUUGAGAGCAGGAGGAGGGAGCUCGGGAACUCACUGAUCCGAAUGAAUUACAGACAGGUGUGAUCAGGUGGGAAGUAGACCACAUUGCAUAGUCUUCUUAAUUUCUGAUGCAGUUCUUUACUUUUUGACGUCAGGAACAGUAGUUCCCAGUCAGGAAAGUUACUAAUUUAUAUUGCCUCUAAAAAAAAAUAAAAAAAUCCUUUGCUUUUGCCUCCGAUCUUGCUCCGUGAACUUACCGUUGAGCCCUCUCCGUCUGCCUCCAAAUGAAGGUUCCUCACCACUGCACUUGGCACCAAACACCUUGCAAAUAGUUUAAGAAAAAUAAUGGACAGUGCAAUAAUAAAACCAGAUCCAAUAUGCACGACAAAAAGAAGGAAAAACAAACAACCUCGUUGUCCCAUUCAACAGUGGAGUUAUUUUAUCCACCACCCCUUAUUGGCUUUCUUUUUGGAGGGCGAGGUUUGCUCAACAUACAGACGCAUCCGUUUUUACUGGCUUUGAGGAGAAGUCCAGAGACAACUUGACCUUUGCCUGUUGGUCACUGGAGAUUGUAUUUCCUUGUAGGAAGUUCACCAAACUACAGAUUUCAAGGUCGAGCAACAAGUUUGAGAUAAGCAGUCAGAAAGAAAAGACUUAAAGUACCAUUGAAAAACCAAGUUAGGAUUAGAAAAUGUUGGAAAAAGUAAUUCAUGCAGUCAGUUAAAUGUCUAAAGGUGGUGCACUCCACUUGUGAUGUGAUUAACUGCCCCACAGUGAAAGGCUUGGCCAGAAUUAAAUGUCAUGUUUUCAAACCAGUCAAGGCCAGUUAUGGACUGUUUGGACAUCAUGCAGAACACGAAUCUACAUUAUCGCAAAUGCCUGAUAUUUGGGUGGUGAAUUUAUUGCUCUCAAAACAUUGUGUGACAGGUUUUUCUCUGUAGGGCUACGCAGGUUUUCAUUCUCUUCACUCUGAUGCAACAGCUCCCUCUGCUGCCUCAUCCCAGACCUCAUACUGAUGUUACACACACACACACACACACACACACACACACACACACACACACACACACACACACACACACACACACACACACACACACACAGACAGCACUUGGGCACGACACAAACUUCCUGCACAGGCUUUUCAAACGGUGAGAGACAUGUUGAGUGUAGUUCACUUUUGACCCUUAAAACUAAAAAUCUUAACUCAAGAAACACUCCUGACUUACUUCUUCUGCUGCAUCAUAUUACAUACGAUGUGGGACUUUGGUCACGUGAGAAACUCUUAACUGCCGAAAAGAUUGUGAGAUGUGGAUGAAAGCUCAAGGAAAGCUAGUAAGUGGACCUUGAGUUAAGAUCAUUUUUUUGUCCAACUAGGAGAGAUACAUUUGUCUCAGUUAAAGGUUUUGAAAAGUUUGGAUAUAGCACAAAAUAUUAAGAAGACUGGAGAAAGUAUUGUUUAGGCCUAAGAUCAGUUUACAUUUUAUUGCAGUUUUGUGAAGAAUAAUUUGGCAGCGACGUGACCUUUUUCCAAAAACAAACCAUAUCGAACACCAUGCCAAAUCCUCUGCUCCAGUGCAGAAAAGUCAGUUUGAAAAUGGAAAAUGUGUUGACACCCACUAUUCUGUGUGUGUAUGUCUAUGUAUGUUUAUGUGCACACAUUUAAAACAUUUAUGGCUUCACAGCCUUCUUGCCAGCCUAUACAUGUCAUACCAUGACAUCUUCCAUCAGUGUAUGUGUAUGUAGUCAAUGUUGCGUGGAUCUGCUCCUCGCCUCUUCUGCUGUUUCUGUAUGUUAUGUCUGUAUAUGUGACUGUAUUCAAUAUGUUUUAUAUUCUGUACUAUAGUUAAUCCUACUUUACCUGUAGCAUGGCUGGUUUUUUGGUUCGUGUGUGUGUGUGUGUGUGUGUGUGUGUGUGUGUGUGUGUGUGUGUGUGUGUGUGUGUGUGUGUGUGUGUGUGUGUGUGUGUGUGUGUGUGUGUGUGUGUGUGUGUGUGUGUGUGUGUGUGUGUGUGAAGCAAGCUAUUUUUUUUACACAGAGGUGAUUUAUGGUAUGAGCCUGUUUGGGUGCUAUCGUGUGUGCCUAUACUCAGUUUUGCUGAACACUGUGACAACUCUGGCAAAACACGAACACAUUGAGCAAAUGGAAAAGACAAGGAUUUACUGUCAUGAUUGUUUUUUUUGUUUUUAAAUGUUUUUAAGUUUUCCAUUUUGGGAGUUGGACUGAGACAUGGAGUGGAAAAAGUAAAAAGAAAAAUGUUGCUCUUUUCUUGAUAACCUAAUGUCUAAUAUUCAAUUUGAGUUUUGUAAUAUUUGUAUGUACGAAUGGAAGUUUAAAUUUGUGAUCGUAUGCACGUUUUGGCAUAUGAGUGUAUGUAUCUUAAAAUUUGAAAUGCUUGUUUCUUUUUGGUUUUGUUUUGCAUGUAGAUUGCCGUUUAGUUUCUUUUGUUUUUCUGUUUAUUUUUGGGACCAUGUACAAUACUGUAUAACGUGGGCAGGAUCUUGGACCUCAUGCUACAUUGAUAUUAUAUAUGAAUAUAAAAACAAGUUUUCCCUAUGGAGAAAGUUUUAAGUUAUAUAUCGCCUGUACACUUUGGGCUGCCUUUUAGAUCUAACUGUCCACUGUUUAAGAUAACAAUGAUGAUAAUGGAUAAAACAUAUUAAUGAUGAAGAAUUAUGCUGAUGAAAUAAUAAAGAUUCUUAAUAAAUCUUAUUACAUUUA